CUACCCCUUCCUCUCGCGUAAAAAUUGAGAGAGCGACAGGGGCUCGCAAAAAGGCAAGUUCCCAUUCACUUACUUCUUUUCCUCAUUCCUCCUCCCCAACCUCGUCUUACUCCACACUGCAGACAACCUCCCUUGACAACCCAUACCAUGUCAGUAGCAAAUCUUUUUGGUUUCUCAGCACCGGUCGAUAUUCAAAUCGCCUUCAAGGGCGAGGAGAACCGGAAGAUGGUCGAGGUCAAGGUCGACAAAGACAGGAGGGAAAAGUUCCCUCUCUACUUUGAUGGCGAGAGCGUUUCAGGAAAGAUCCAAAUCCGUGUCAAGGAUGGCAAGAAACUGGAACACAACGGCAUCAGGGUCGAAUUUGUCGGCAACAUUGAGUUGUUUUAUGAUCGAGGAAACCACUACGAGUUCUCGUCCUUGCAGCAGGACCUCGCUGUGCCUGGAGAACUGCGCGCGAGCACGACCUAUGACUUUGAAUUCAAGAAUGUGGAAAAGAUGUACGAAAGCUAUCAUGGAAUCAAUGUCAAGCUGCGAUACUUUGUCCGGGUGACGAUCCUCCGGCGUCUCGCAGAUGUCGUCAAGGAGCGCGACAUCUGGGUUUACUCCUAUGUCAUGCCCUCCGAGAACGCCAACAACUCGAUCAAGAUGGAGGUCGGUAUCGAGGAUUGUUUACAUAUCGAGUUCGAAUACAACCGAUCCAAAUACCAUUUAAAGGACGUUAUCGUCGGCAAGAUUUACUUUUUACUUGUCCGUAUAAAGAUCAAACACAUGGAACUGUCCAUCAUCCGUCGGGAGACCACAGGUGCGGCACCGAACCAGUACAAUGAAAGCGAGACCAUUACCAAAUUCGAGAUCAUGGAUGGUGCCCCUGUCAGGGGCGAGACCAUCCCUAUCCGCCUCUUCUUGGGCGGCUUUGAGCUCACACCGACGUUCAGAGAGGUCAACAAGAAGUUCUCGACGAGGUACUACCUUAACCUCGUGUUGGUCGAUGAAGAACAUAGGCGAUACUUCAAGCAGCAGGAAAUCACGAUCUUCCGUCGACGAAUCGACGACGGACUAGAGCCAGAAGAGGGCGAGGACGACUCAUAAAGUGAAACGAAGCAUGGAAGCACAUUUUGCAUUGGAACCGUCGUCAAUUGUAAAGACUGCAUUGUAUCAUAACGAUAGUCCUUUUA